GGAUUUCCGGCCGACCGACGAUCAGCCCUACAAGUUGUCAUUUUAUUAUCAGGACCAGAAGGUAGACAAGGAGAGGAGCAUGCAGAACGAUUCGCCCGACGGAGAGAGGGAGUACGAUGGGCUGGUCGUGCAGAGUUACAACAGCGCUUUCGACCAGGACAAAAUUGCCAGAUACGAGAAGAUUCCCGUCGAGCACGUUCCAGGCUGCAUGCUGUCUGCUUUCCUCUACUUCAUCACCAUCACUACAUUCGUCUAUUUGACAGUGCUGUGGAUCAAGCAAAGGAUGCACGUGCAAGUCGAGCAGAUGCAAUGGUGGUAGAAUCUGGUACUAAAAAUGCACUCUGGAUUGCUGGAUAUCCGAAACACAACAGACAUGGAUGA